AUGCCGUCGUCCACCUACUACCGUAACUACGGGAAGACGUUCAAGAAGCCGAGACGUCCGUUCGAGAAGGAACGUUUGGAUGCCGAGUUGAAGAUCGUCGGUGAGUUUGGCUUGCGCAACAAGCGCGAGUUGUGGCGCGUGCAAUUCGCGCUGAACAAGCUUCGUAACGCGGCGCGCGUUUUGUUGACGCUCGAUGAGAAGGACCCGAAGCGAAUCUUCGAAGGCGAGGCCAUCAUGCGACGCAUGCGCAACUAUGGGUUGUUGGACGAGACGCAGGACAAGCUCGAUUACGUCUUGGCGCUCGGGCCGGAGCAAUUCUUGGAACGCCGCUUGCAGACGCUCGUCUUCAAGCUUGGCUUGGCGAAGUCUGUGCACCACGCGCGUGUGUUGAUUCGUCAACGUCACAUCCGCGUCGGUAAGCAAAUCGUGAAUGUGCCGAGCUUUUUGGUGCGCACGGACAGCCAAAAGCACAUCGACUUCGCGCUCAACUCUCCGUUGGGCGGCGGUCGACCGGGUCGCGUCAAGAGAAAGCGCAUGGCUGCGGCCGCCGGUGGCGACGGUGAUGAAGAAGAAGAAGAUGAAUAG